AUCAUAUUAUGAGGAACAAUAACAACAUGCUGGAAGUGUAACAGUCUGUAACUGUGUGUUUGAGUGCUUGUAUGGGAAUCUCACAAAAGGGAGUAAAGGGAGUGAUGUUGUAAUUGUGCUUUUUACAAUUGUAUGUGUUUUUUUGUUUUUUUUACAGUGGAUUGAAUUUCCAGGGACGUCACAAAGUUACAGAGGAACAGGAAUUGGUUUAAAUUAUUUCGUUCAUUUAAUACAACUGUUUUCUGGUAUAUAUUUUACUGUUUCUGUGUGAGUUUUUGUAUUUCUAUUGGUUAGGUGAAGAUGCCUCGCCUGAAGAAGCACAACCGUUCCAUCGCGGCCAAGAAGAGCAUGGAGGAACGCCUGGCAGCAGUGGUGGCAUCUGUGCCUCUGGUCCCCACCACUUGCUUCCCACCACCAACACGUGGUCCCUCACGUAUGUGUUCACCUGUUUUCUUUAAAUUCUUUGGAGAGUGCAUGUGGUCAGUGUCUUUAAUGUAUUUUGUACGUGCACAAUGUAUUUGGGUGAUGUGUUCUUCUAUUUUAAUGUUUUGUCUUUUUAUCUAGGUCAUGGUACUGGUCGUCGCCACCGUGUGAGCACCUGGCCAGUUUCACCCCUGACUGGCAGGAGUCACAAGAUGAUCAUCCCAGCCGAGUCACCUGACAAGAAGUUUGUUCUUUUUGUCGGUGAUUCCCACCUGCGCGCCAUUGUUGAUGGCCAUGUGAAGAUUUCGCACAAGCAGCUUUCUUUUGGUCUCAUGUCAACGCCAGGGGCUGACGCCAAGGACCUGAGGACUGAGAUGGUGAGUGCAGUCCUUCCCAGGACACCUGACCUUGUUUGUGUUCUUGCGCCCAGCAACAACUUGACUAAGGGGACUUUGGAUCAGGCUGCAGUGGACUUUGAGGAGCUUCUCACCAGUGCCUUGUCUCGGUGGCCGAAGUUGUUUGUCCUGGACUUCCCUCCGCGCCGGAACGUGGAUCAGGACUUGCAGGAACUUUUUCGCCAGGAGUUUCACCGUGUGGCUGCACGCAAGGGUGUGAGGUACUACUCUAUUGCAGAGUUCUUUCCUCUCAGCCAGCGUGACCUGUGGAGUUGGGAUGGGGUGCACCUGAGUGAUGGAUCUGGGAUGAGGACGCUGGUGACAUUGCUAUGCGACAAAUCCAGUCUGGAGCUAGCGAUGGCUGUUGCACAGGAGGAGUCGCGUAGCAUGUUGCCAGCUGUUCCUGCUCCUGCUCCUCGUCUGGCUCCGAGGUUGGUUGUGGUUGGAGAGGCCCGCUCUCCACGUCCGUUGCACAACCCAUUGGAUUGGAAGGUGGUUGAACCACGCAGGACGGGGAGCAGCUCGCCCCCUAAGGGAGGGAAGGUUCAGCUCAGGGAUUGUUACAUCCCUCUCACUCCUGUGUGGUUCAGCCCACCAAUGUUGGAGAUGAUGGACAGUGUCCGUCCGGGCAAUCUUGAUCAGAAGGAGCCCAGUACUUCUGCCAAGGGACCAACGGGGGUCAAGCGUCCUAGGAGCCCUUUUGCUUCAAAGAAGAGCUGUGGGAAACAGAAGGUUUGA